UUUCUUACUCUAUAUAAACAAAGUAUAGUAUUAUUAUAUAUGUUCUUUCCUCCUCCUUCCUUUUUCUUCCCCAUAAUAAUUAUCAUCUUUUUCAGUGGUCAUUUGGCCAUUUUCUUCUGCUACUUCUUAUUACAUAUACUAAUACUGUACAAGACAGAGAUAUUUCGUACACAGAGAAUAUUAUUCGUAUAGCAUAUGAACAGAGUUGAAGUGGAAUUGAAUUAAAGGUGGAAGUUAUGAUACAUAUGCAUCACUGCGCAUAUUCAACUCUGACUAUUCAUUGCCAACAGCACUAUCAGAACAUUGCAGAAUAAUGUUGACAGAUACUUCACAUUACAUAAUAUCAUUGUAGAUAUAUUCAAUUUAGAGGUGAGAAGAGAUUCUUCAUUUGGCAAUUUUUCUGGAAGAGAUAAUUAUGUGUGAGCCGGAAUCUGAAGCUGCUCGUGGCGUUCUUAGUUUUCUCGAUGUGGACCAACUUUUUAGUUCCAACUAUUACGGUGAUGGUAGAAAGCAUGACGUUGAGAUAUGUCAUGAACAAUAUGCCAGAGAAAACCACUAUCACACAUCAUAUUGCAAUGUUGACAAUGAUGAGGCUAUUGCUCAUGUUCUACAAGAAGAUUUGUCAGAGUUGUCCAUCGCAGAAGAUGCUGAAUCUUCACAUGCAGACGAGCAGUAUUUGCAAGCCUCCACUGGUGUACAACAUUGGCAUACUCCUCCAAGAGAGUAUUAUGCUGGGCAUGACACCAGCCUAGAAGCUGAUGAUGUAGGGCCUUCAAGUUCUUGUUCGAGUCCUGGAGACAGAUCAUACGAUGGAGAAGAGUAUACCUACACAUUGGAAAUACAAGAUGAAUUUGAGCUUGAUGGAGAAGUAGGGAAGAGAAUAAACCAGCUGAGUGCUGUUCCUCAUGUUCCUAGAAUAAAUGGGGACAUACCUUCAGUCGAUGAAGCAACUUCUGAUCAUCAAAGGCUGCUAAAUAGAUUGCAAUUAUUUGACUUGGUGGAGCACAAAGUGCAAGGAGAUGGCAACUGCCAGUUCCGUGCUUUAUCAGAUCAAUUCUAUCGUACACCAGAGCACCACAAAUUUGUCAGACAGCAAGUAGUCAGCCAGUUUCAACAUCAUCCGGAGAUGUAUGAGGGAUAUGUCCCAAUGGAGUAUGGAGAGUACUUGACGAGGAUGUCCAAGAGUGGGGAAUGGGGCGAUCAUGUUACGUUGCAGGCUGCUGCUGACUCGUAUGGUGUGAAAAUUCUUGUUAUAACGUCAUUCAAGGAUACAUGUUACAUCGAGAUUCUUCCGAAGAAUCAGAAGUCAAACAGAGUCAUAUACUUGAGUUUCUGGGCAGAGGUGCACUACAACUCAAUCUAUCCUCAAGGAGCGAUGAACAUUGAGAGUUGACCGGAAGUUUGCUGCUCUUGCUUCAUUUAGAUUUCUAUCCUCACAAGGUAGGGGGUAAGGGGUAUGUGUACACAGUGGUGGACGCACGUGGUGGCAAGCAUCAAAAACUAAUACUGUAUAUAUGUAUAAAUUAGGAUUAAAGCUGCGUAAAUUUUGUUUAAAUAUUUUAUUUGAACCCACUUGACAACUACUAUUUUACAACUAAAGUUAUAUACUUCUAAGAUUGAACCCGCUUGCACAAAAUCCUGGGUCCGCCACCGGCGUACACACUACCCUUAUCAUAUUAUUCUAAUACUGUAGUUUGAUGCUCCAUUCCAGACUUCCUGCCAUUUGACUUUAAGAAGAAGAAGAAGAAGUGGAGUUUCUGGAAUAAGCAUUAACAGUUCUGGACCUAUUCAAAGGCACACGCUUAUAUACAACAGCAUCAUUCUGGAGUCGGUACACAGCUUCUGAUGCAAGACUUACAUUUCAUUCUUUUCUUCUUUGAUAAACAAUACUUACUUUUCAUUCUUAUAAUAAUUGUUCGCGUAAUUAUUACAGUAUAGCAUCAGUGGCAGAGCCACCUUAUAGGAAGGGGUGUCAAUGACACCCUUUGCGGAAAAAAUAGAUUGUGUACGUAGAUAAAAAUAAAUAAAUUUAUAUGUAUGUAUGCUAUGUAUUGACUCCCCUUAAUUUUCCGGUAUAUUUACUUUUA